CCUAGCGAGCUCUCUCGCCUCGACUUGGACUUUAUUAACGGAUAUUGGUUAGCGGAUAGCCGCUAGCAGUGACUCGUCCGAGGAUAUUUAUCAUUUUGAUCUGGUCUAAGGCUAAGAUUGGUAAUGUGUACAGUGGACGAUUGUCAAUGGAAUUCUCUCCUUACGUUAAAUCCCCUUGGUUGGGAAGCGAAGGUUUUGUCCUCACCCCAUCUACCACCACCUGCUUGAUUGAUUUUCAAGUUUUCCAGCCGCGACGAAUAAUAAUAUCGUAUUAAUUGCAGUGAGUCGCCGAUAAUUGUGCGAAGCCCGGCAUCGGGGUAAAGGGGCGUGCGUCGCGGCGAUGAUUCCGGACUACGGUGCGGAGCAGCUCGCGGCCGGCGCGCGCCUCCGGCUCAACCUCACGGACCACAACGGGACGACGGCGGCGCCGCUGGAGUGCAGCCUCGAGGUCACCGACGGCUUCGUCGAGUUCCUCAUCUACGGUCUGCUGCUGAACACGGUGAGCCUCCUCGGGAUCCUUGGCAACGCCAUAUCAACGAUCGUGCUGUCGAGGCCACAAAUGAAGUCCUCCAUCAACUAUUUGCUUAUCGGCCUGGCGACCUGCGACACCGUCCUCAUCCUCUUGGCCGUGCUGGUGUACGGCCUGCCGGGCAUAUACGCCUACACGGGCUAUCUCUUCCACUACAAGUUCCUCGUGUACCCGAAGAUCGUGCGCUACCUGUACCCGCUGUCGACGACCGCCCACAUGGCCACCGUCUAUCUGACCCUCACUGUCACGAUGGAACGCUACGUGGCAGUCUGCCAUCCUCUAAAGGCGCGCUCGCUCUGCACCUACGGGAGGGCUCGCACCGCAAUAUUCGCCAUCGGCCUCUUCUCCGUGAUCUACAAUUUGCCAAAACUAUGGGAGGUCGAGCUGAGCGAGGAGCUGCACUGGAAGUACAAUGUCACGAUCUUCUGCAUCGUGCCCACCAAGCUCCGGCAGAACAAACUCUACAUAGCCAUUUACGUUCACUGGCUCUACUUUUUCGUCUGCUACGCAUUCCCCUUCGCGGCCCUUGUUAUUUUUAAUGCGGCUAUUUACAAGAGGGUGAGUAAGGCGAACCGCGACCUGCGCCGACUUUCCCGGCACCAGCGUCGCGAGAUCGGCCUCGCGACGAUGCUGCUCUGCGUAGUGAUCGUCUUCCUGGUCUGCAACGUCCUGCCCCUUGCCAGCAACGUCUACGAGAACGUCUACGUGAAUCCGCCCACCUGGAUGAUCCAGGUCGGUAACCUCCUCGUGACGUUCAACAGCGGCGUGAACUUCGUCAUCUACGUGAUAUUCGGGCGCAAGUUCAAACGCAUCUUCAUGAAGAUAUUCUGCCGGGUGUCGGGCGAAACGGGCCUCGACUGCAUGGGAAGGCCGAGUCGCGCCGACAGCCCGGACUUCCAAACGAACGAGGACUCGAUCGCCACCAACACGAGCAACCUCGAGCUGAGAAACUCGAUACGCCGGCUGCACAGCGGCCAUCAUCACCACCACCAUCCUCAUCAUCACUCGCUGAGGCCGAGUAACGGCAGCUCCUCGCGAUCCUCCGUCUACUACCCGAAGCACAGCGGCAGCUUCUACAACGGCUCGGGCAAGAACCACAAGGAUCGUACCUCGAGCCUCGACGACACGGCCUUCUGCUGACGUCCGUCGGCCGUCGUCGCGGUGUCGCGAGUCCCCACCCGCUCCAGCAGCUACUUCCCGCCCUUGGCGAUGACGCGCGAGUUUUUGCGAACGUUCCUCCGAAUGGUCGCCCGGUCUUGUCUGCGAUAAGGACGAACGUUGCCGAUUAACUGCCCCCCCCCCCCCCU